AUGGCUUCUUCAACGCAGACUCGAGAAAACGACAAUAAAAGAAAACGAUUAACACAAGCUUGUGAACUAUGCAGAAGAAAAAAAAUAAAAUGCGAUGGAGGCAAGCCAACAUGUGGAAACUGUACCAGACUCAACAACGCAUGCACCUACAGCUCCAGCAAUAAGAAGCGAGGCCCUCGACAAGGCUACAUUGAAAUGCUGGAGCAGAGAUUAGCCAAGAUGGAGCAAAUCUUGCUGUCUGAUUCAGCAGCCACACAGGAAGCAGAGUCCUCCAAGCAUGAGGAAGACACAGAUCCUGUAGAUCAAGACACAGACACAAGGCUGGACGAAGAGCCGCACGCAUCCAGAGCAGCCACAUCUACCACGGCAGACAGCAUACCCACCACGCACAGUAGCAUCAGAACCAAGAGCACGGCCAGCAAACGCUCCAGCGAAGACACUCUGCACGAUGCUGCAUCCCCUACCUCAUUCUCGAGCCUUUCCUCCAACUUUCCUUCACCACCAGCCAUGAUGAACCAUCACCAUCACCACCAGCAUCCACCUCGACACUCUGCGCCGCAAGAUAACAACAACUCUUACUUGCUGCCUCCCAUGAAUGUCAUUGAACACAUGGUAGAUCUUUACUUUAAAUACCUCUUCUCAGGCACACCCAUCUUUGACGAAACAGCACUCAGAAGCGACAUUCGAGAGCGGCGCUGUUCCGACUUUUUGCUGCUAUCACUGUUUGCAGCCUGUGCUCGAUUCUCUGACCGUCCAGACAUCAAAGAGAUACCCGCUUGGCAUGCAGGUGAAAAGUAUGCGGAAAAGGCAAGAGCCAUGAUUUUGAGAGCUGUGGACGAGCCCACAAUAUCCAAUCUGCAAGGCUUGACUCUGCUCUGUCUCCAUGAAUACGGCUGUGGCAGAGGGCCCAGGAGCUGGAUGUAUGGUGGCAUGGCGAUUCGUAUGGCCAUGGAAUUAGGCCUUCAUGAGGAUCUAGAUGAAGACGAAAACGGGAACGAUAAUCAUACAUUGGAAAAGCUGAUGCAACAAGAGACUCGUCGUCGACUCUUUUGGACUAUCUACUCGAUCGACAAGUUUUCCAGUGCUGCUACAGGACGACCUUCUAGUUUACAAGAUGUCUUUUGUACAGCCUUUUUGCCUGCUAAAGUAGAUGACUACAGCAGUGAUCAAUAUUACACAGAGACAUUGGACAAGAGUCGAUUUGUUCUAUUGAAUGUGAAUGGGCUGAAGGAGACUCAAUUGGUUGGCUCUACUUUGGUGAAUGGCGCUGCCGCUGGUAGUGGUAGUUUGGACAGCAAUGAAGACCCUGCCUCGCCUUCUGCUGCUGCUGUUGCUGCAUCGCCUGUAGGUAGAAGGCCUCCCCUGAAUUGCUAUGCUUACCUCAUCCGUGCCACUAGUCUACUUGGCAGGGUCACCGCUUUCAUCAACUCUCGAAAAGACCAGCACAACCUUGUACCUCCAUGCCAUCCUGACUCUGAGUUCUCCAAACUAGAUCGUGCUAUAGGCGAGUGGUAUGACCAGCUACCCAUGCAACUCAAGAACACGCCUGCCAAUUUUGAAAUGUACAGGGAAGUCAACCGCCACAAGAACAGCCGACAGUUCAUCUUGCUACAUGUGCUUUACAAUACAUUGAUUGUAUUAUUGCACAGACCCUCACUGGUGAUUGCUGACACUCUGGAUCGAGACGUUGUUCAGCCUGAAAUCAAAGCAUUCAUACAAGGCAGUGUCAACAAGUGCAUGGCUGCUGUGGAUAAUGUCACACUCUUGCUCAAGGAAAUUGGCAAAUACAAGGAGCUCAUGCCACCUUUUAUCACCUAUCUUGCUUACACAGUUGCCACUGUCGUUGUUAGCUCCUCGUUUUCAUCGUCUCAGAAAGAAGCUGAGAAGGCCAAGCAAGCAUUGGGUGUCUAUUUUCAACUCUUACUGUCUGCUCGUAAUCUAUGGGCCAUGGCAGACAAGCUGUACUUUAUGAUCCGUGAUCUGUACGCCAUUCAUACUAAUGUAUUGAGACGACAGUUGGAGACCAAGAAGGCUGCUGCUUCCAGCACACAACAGCAAACCCAGAUGCAACAACCAUCGCAGCAGCAAUUGCAGCAUAUACAGCAACAGCAACAGCAGAUGCAGUUUCAACAAGAACAGCACAUUCAACAUCAAAUACAACAGCAACAGCAACUACCACAGCAACAGCAAAUGUUACAGAUGCAAAUGCAACAGUUUGGAAGCGGCCAAACGCCCUCCGCCCUCUCUAAUAAUGGGUUGGCAGACUGGAUGUUGCCAUAUCACAUUGCUGCCAUGUCGAGCGAUACACCAAAUUUGGAUAUUGCUUCCUCGCAACUCGAGUUGGAAUUCCUCACUGCCAACAAUGUCUUUCAGAUCCCUGAAGGGUACGAACAGCCCUUGAUGUUUGGCUCUGUAGGUCUGAAUUUCGAUAGCACGACUAGUGGUAGCAGCAACACCAACACUAACAGUGGCGAUGUUGCGCUUGACGCUAAUGCUAAUCCAACGACAACAGCUACCUCCAAUAACAACAUGUAA